AUGUCUUGCCGCAACUGCUGCUCUGGAAAUUACAGCUCAGGAUUCCGCAGAAAUGUCUGCCAUAUACCUGCCUCCUCCUCCAUUGCCCUUUGCUCUACCGACAUGAGCUAUGGAGAUACUAUCUGCCUACCCAGUAGCUGUCAAGGCAAUUCCUGGCUCCUGGACAACUGCCAAGACACCUUCAGUGAAUCAACUAGAGACAACUGUGGUGAAUCAACCAUCUGUCAGCCAACCAACAGUGAGCACAACAACUGUGAAGCUUCUUCCUGUCCUCCCACUGCUUGCUAUGUUCCCAGACCCUGCCAAGGAACCAGCUUUAUUCCUGUGUCUUCCUCCAUCUCCAGCACUUGCCUCCCAGUAUCCUGUAGACCUCUCAACUUUGUGUCCAGUGGUUGCCGUCCACUAAGUCCCCUGCUCUACAGCAGCCAUCCCUUGGGCUGUGGACCCAUUGGCUACCGACCACUAAACUGUUUCUCCAACAGCUGUCGACCCCUGAGCCUCUUCACAUAUGGAUGUCGACCCUUGGGUGGAUUGACCUGUGGUCCUCAACCACUUAAUGUUGUUUCUAGUAGCCUCAGACCCGUGCAGUGUCUCCCAACUGGUUAUCAGCCUCUGACCCACAUUUUCAGUACUUGUCGUCCAUCUUGCUCUGUACUGGGACAAUGGUAG